AUGGGUAGCUACGCGCCCACUGCCCUGGAAUGCGACCUCUUGGUCACGAAUGGUGUCAUCGUCUCUUCGAGUGACUUGAUCUAUCCGCCGGCAUCUGAUAUCGCCGUGAAGAAUGGAAAGAUUGUAUGCAUUGGCGCUCUUCAGGGACUCUUCUCGGCCAGGCGAGUCAUCGACGCCGAUGGGGCAUACGUGACGCCUGGGGGUGUCGAUACCCAUGUCCACCUAGACCAGCACAUCAAUGGCGCCUUAGGCGACAACUUCGAAAACGGGACGAGGAGCGCUGUUGCUGGUGGUACCACUACUGUGGUGGCGUUCGCGUUCCAGAAGAAGACUGAUGAAAGUGUUCUGCCUGUAGUGGAAGCGUAUCACAAGAAGGCAGAAGGGCUCUCCUACUGCGACUAUAGUUUCCACAUGAUUCUCACAAACCCGACCAAAUCCAUUGUCGAGGAGGAGCUUCCAACUCUCGUGGAACAGGGCAUCACUUCUGUCAAGCUGUACAUGACUUAUGACCCCCUGAAGCUCCGGGACCGUCAAAUUCUCGACAUCAUGCUGGCCACUCGAGCUUUGGGGAUGACGACCAUGAUGCAUGCUGAGAACGCGGAUAUGAUUGAGAUGAUCAUCGAGCAGCUCUACGAACAGAAGAAGGGCGAUCCGUACUACCACGCCGUCUCGCGGCCCAAAGUCGCCGAAGACGAAGCGACGUACCGUGCCAUCUCGCUCGCCCGGCUAAUGGACACACCCAUCCUCCUGGUGCACAUUUCUUCCGCGAUCGCCGCGCGACACAUCCGCGAGGCGCAGACCAAGCUCUUGCCGAUCCACGCGGAGACGUGUCCGCAGUAUUUGUACUUACUCAAGGACCGUCUUCGAGGCGAAGACUUUGAAGGCGCGAAAUACGUGUGCAGUCCGCCGUUGCGGGACAGCGACGACGAUCUCAACGCGUUGUGGGAGGGGAUCGCCAACGGGACUUUCACGACAGUCUCCUCGGACCAUUGCCCGUUCUCGUUCCAACACCCGCGGGGGAAGCAAAUGGGGCUCAAGGAUGGAGUUUCUAGGUUCACGGACAUCCCCAAUGGUCUUCCUGGCGUGGAGACGCGCUGCCCGCUUAUCUUCAAGGGCGUGCAAGACGGCCGGAUCAGUAUUCAAAAGUACGUCGAAGUCACAUCCACCAACCCUGCGCGACUCUACGGCCUGAGCACCAAGGGCACCUUGGCUGCCGGAUACGACGCCGACAUCACCAUUUGGUACAACGAUAGCAAACCGGGCUCGUCCUUCCAGCCGUUUGACCUGAAAAACGAGAUGCUGCAUCACACGUGCGACUACACGCCAUUCGAGGGCGUGCGGUUUGGGAAUUGGCCGAGAUACACGAUUCUGCGAGGCGAGGUGGUCUGGGCCAGAAACGAGGGUGGCGUGGUCGGCGAGAAGAGCCUGGGCAGAUUUGUCAAGCGGGUCGAGAACAGUCUCAGGCAGCCCAGAGGUAAAUUCGAGAAUGAGUGGAUUCCGCAGUACAAGGGAAGGAUUCCACAGGGCCGGGUUCAAACUCAAAAGGGUGCUUGA